AUGUCGCUCGUCAACACUUUUACAGUCCGGUAUCUUUCAGUUAAGUCGAGCAUGGCGUCGAGGGAUCCGCUGAUCGUGGGGAGGAUCGUCGGCGACGUGGUCGACUACUUCGACAUGGCGGCGCAGCUGAGGGUGAUGUACGGCAACAGGGAGAUCACCAACGGGUCCGAGCUGAGGCCGUCGCAGGUGGAGAACCAGCCGACGGUGCGGAUCACAGGACGCCGCGGGUCACUCUACACGCUCGUGAUGGUCGACCCUGAUGUACCCAGCCCAACUAACCCUUCCCAACGGGAGUACCUCCAUUGGAUGGUGACAGACAUACCAGAUGGAGGUGACGUGAGCCGCGGAACCGAGGUGGUGGCGUACGAGAAGCCGCAGCCGACGGCGGGGAUCCACCGUGUGGCAUUCGUCGUGUUCCGGCAGGCAGCGCGGCAGGCCAUCUACGCGCCAGGGUGGCGCUCCAACUUCAUCACCAGGGACCUGGCCGAGUGCUACGGCCUCGGUGCUCCGGUGGCCGCCGCCUACUUCAACUGCCAGAGGGAGGGCAGCUGCGGUGGCCGGAGGUACAGGUGA